AUGUCGAGACAAGGUGGCAAGCUGAAGCCUCUAAAGGCACCAAAGAAGGAACACAAAGAUGAGGAUGAAGAUGACAAGGCCUUCAAGGAGAAAAAGAAGGCCGAAGAGGCUGCUGUGAAGGCUGCAAGGGACAAAGGUACGUUUUUACUCGCCAAACUACAAGAAAUGCAUCUAAACGGAGGGGUCCAUCGAUGUGUAGCUGUCAAGGGUGGUCCUCCUGGUGGCGGAAUCAAGAAAUCGGGAAAGAAAUAG